CGAGGCUAAGGAAGGCGGUUAAGAGCUCCUUGCGACUGGGCCGGCGAUCAGGAUGUCAGGUGGGGACUCGGCGGCGGCCGCGGCGACCGCCUCCCCUCAGCCGCUCCCGUUCUCCUUGCCGAAGCCCCCUCCCCUCAUGCAGCUGACGCCGGGGGACGCCGUCCGGCCCGUCUCUUCCGCCGCGGACCAAUCACCGAAGAGCGCUCGGCUGGCGGGCCGCCCGGAUUGGCCGACUGGCAAGCCAGUCAGCUUGCUGGCCCCGUUGCUCCCGCCCCGCGGGGAGCCCGAACCACUCAUGCCCUUUGGCCCCUCGUCGCGGCAGCCACUCAGAGGGAGGCUUCUUGGCAGGUGCAGCGGGGGCAGCCUGCUCAGCCCCUCGAUGCGGCCUGGCGGCGUCGACCGCGGAUCCCUUAUGAUGGGACACCCAGGCAUGCCACAUUAUCCCCCCAUGGGAAUGCACCCUAUGGGUCAGAGACCCCCAAAUAUGCCACCGGUUCCACACGGUAUGAUGCCUCAGAUGAUGCCCCCCAUGGGAGGACCACCAAUGGGGCAGAUGCCUGGAAUGAUGCAGUCAGUAAUGCCUGGAAUGAUGAUGUCCCACAUGUCCCAAGCUGCUAUGCAGCCUACAGUUCCACCAGGAGUGAACAGCAUGGAUGCACAAGUAGGUGUCACACCUCCUGGAACUCAGACAACGCACCCCGUCGUUUGCGCUGCCCAGCAAACCACCACCACCACCAGCUCUGUUAAUGAGGAGCACUCUAAACAGAAAUCUACGUGGACGGAACACAAAUCACCAGAUGGAAGGACGUAUUACUAUAACACUGAAACAAAGCAGUCCACGUGGGAGAAGCCAGAUGACCUCAAAACACCUGCUGAGCAAUUGCUGUCCAAGUGUCCCUGGAAAGAGUAUAAAUCUGAUGCUGGAAAGCCCUACUAUUACAAUUCCCAAACAAAGGAAUCACGCUGGGCAAAACCCAAAGAGCUUGAGGAUCUUGAAGCAAUGAUAAAAGCUGAAGAAAACAGCACGAAGCCUGACGAUGCCGCUCCGGCCGCGUCGACGCCGGCUGCCGCCGCGGAAGCCACCAGCGCCACCACCGCGGCCGCCACCGAAACUGCCGCGGCCGUCACCGCCGCCGCUUCUGCAGCCGCUGCGGCCCCCGAAGCAGACGCUGCUGCAGCUGCCUCUGCGGUGGAGAACGAAAGCGGUGGCACAGCCGCGGCCGAGGAGCAGGGACAAGGGGCUUCUGCACCUGCUGGGCAGGAGCAGAGCGGAGAAGCAGCAGCCAACGCAACAGACGACUCUUCCAAGCAGGAGGCCUCAGGAGAUGCUGCUUCAAAGAAAGAGGAUGAUGAUGCCCAGCCUGUUAAGAAGACCUAUACCUGGAAUACCAAGGAAGAAGCCAAGCAGGCAUUUAAAGAGCUGCUGAAAGAAAAGAGAGUGCCAUCCAAUGCUUCUUGGGAGCAAGCAAUGAAAAUGAUCAUUAAUGAUCCCAGAUACAGUGCUUUGGCUAAAUUAAGUGAAAAAAAGCAAGCUUUUAAUGCUUACAAAGUUCAGACAGAGAAAGAAGAGAAGGAAGAAGCGAGAUCAAAAUACAAAGAAGCUAAAGAAUCCUUCCAGCGUUUCCUUGAAAACCAUGAGAAGAUGACCUCCACAACAAGAUACAAAAAAGCUGAGCAGAUGUUUGGGGAGAUGGAAGUCUGGAACGCGAUAUCGGAGCGCGACCGCCUCGAGAUCUAUGAGGAUGUCUUGUUUUUUCUGUCUAAGAAGGAGAAGGAACAAGCCAAACAGCUACGAAAGAGGAACUGGGAAGCUUUGAAGAACAUACUAGAUAACAUGGCCAAUGUCACUUACUGCACCACUUGGUCUGAGGCCCAGCAGUACCUGAUGGACAAUCCUACCUUUGCAGAAGAUGAAGAGCUGCAGAACAUGGAUAAGGAGGAUGCACUGAUUUGUUUUGAGGAACACAUCAGGGCCUUGGAAAAAGAAGAGGAAGAAGAGAAGCAGAAGAGUUUGCUGAGGGAGAGAAGGAGACAGCGGAAAAACAGAGAAUCUUUUCAGCUGUUUCUGGAUGAACUGCAUGAGCAUGGCCAGCUACAUUCCAUGUCCUCUUGGAUGGAGUUGUACCCAACCAUAAGCUCUGACAUCAGGUUCACCAACAUGCUGGGUCAACCGGGAUCCACAGCACUUGAUCUUUUCAAGUUCUAUGUUGAAGAUUUGAAAGCACGUUACCACGAUGAGAAGAAGAUAAUCAAAGACAUCUUAAAGGACAAAGGAUUUGUGGUUGAGGUGAAUACUUCUUUUGAGGACUUUGUUACUGUCAUCAGCUCAACUAAAAGGGCUACAACUCUCGAUGCAGGAAACAUCAAGCUGGCUUUUAACAGUCUGCUGGAAAAGGCAGAAGCCCGGGAAAGAGAGAGGGAAAAGGAAGAAGCUCGUAAAAUGAAGCGGAAAGAGUCGGCCUUCAAGAGUAUGCUGAAGCAAGCUACUCCUCCAAUCGAGUUGGAUGCUGUCUGGGAAGAUAUCAGGGAUAGAUUUGUGAAAGAACCAGCAUUUGAAGACAUCACUUUGGAGUCUGAAAGGAAAAGAAUAUUUAAAGAUUUCAUGCAUGUCCUAGAGCACGAGUGCCAGCACCAUCACUCAAAGAACAAGAAGCAUUCGAAGAAGUCUAAAAAGCACCACAGGAAGCGCUCGCGGUCUCGCUCGGGCUCAGAGUCUGAGGAUGAUGACAGCCACUCCAAGAAGAAAAGGCAACGUUCAGAGUCGAGAUCGGUUUCUGAGCGUUCUUCCAGCGCAGAGUCCGAGAGGAGUUACAAGAAGUCAAAAAAACACAAGAAAAAGAGCAAGAAGAGAAGACACAAGUCUGAUUCACCAGAAUCUGAUAUUGAAAGAGAAAAAGACAAGAAGGAUCGAGAGAGGGAUAGUGAAAAGGAUAGAGCAAGACAGAGAUCUGAGUCAAAACAUAAAUCACCUACUAAAAAACGACCUGGAAAGGACUCUGGGAACUGGGACACUUCUGGCAGCGAGCUGAGCGAGGGAGAGCUGGAAAAACAGAGGAGGACUCUUUUGGAACAACUGGAUGAAGAUCAAUGAGAACGUUAUUUAUACCAAAUAUGUUUACAUUGUGGCAUAAUAAAAGAAACCAAUGUCUAAUGCAGGACCUGGGUUCUGAUCUCCUGAGUCCCAUGGUUGAGAUAACAACUGGCUUUCAUUUUUUACCCCAUCAGUACCUUCAAGUACUCUUAGUAGAGCCUUCAGAGCUAGAGAAGUUGAGUGACUGUCCUGGAGCAGGAUGGGCCCCAGGCUCGGCCUCGCCGUGGAGGGAACACCACCAUGGAAGAUGUUUUGGUGCUCACUGGAUCUUGUCUGCAGGCCCAGGGAGGUGUUGGCCCCUUCCUGGCAAAGCUUCCCUUAAGCACAGUUGGUGGUAACUCCCUGCUUUGCCUGGCCAGAUGCAGUUUCAUCUUUAGGAAGAAGAGAUCCUUAACAUAGUUCCAUUUAUUGUAUGGAUUUGGGUUUGUUUUGGAAGAGAGAGGGGAGGGGAAAAUCGACCAAACCAACCCAACACACCAAAACCCCUGGGAGCAAACAA